AUGGCUGGCAGUGGCAGCUGCCCGGCCGUCAAGGCGGCACUGCGGUUAGUGGUGAUCGCGCUCGCGGCGGCGAAUUGCGCACUCGCCGGCCGCGUCCUCGACGAGCAGCCUGCGGCAGCAGCGCCGGUGCCGGUGGAGGCUCCUCUGCCAGCCGACCCGUUGCCCGCGCCGACCGACCCGCCCGCUGACCCGGUGGUAUCGACCGUGGCCGUGCCAGCCGGCGGCGCUGCUGCGGCGGGCAAUGCGGGCGCGGGAGCUGGCGGUGCUGCCGCUGCCGGCGCGGGCGACCACCCGCUGACGUUCUUCAUGCACGACAUCCUCGGCGGGUCGCAGCCGUCGGCGCGCAUCGUGACCGGCGUGGUGGCGAGCGCCGCGGCGAACGGGCAGCUCCCGUUCGCGCGGCCGAACGAGAACAUCUUCCCCAUCCAGGGCGCGGUGCCGCUGCCGCAGGGCGCGAGCAACCUCAUCGACGGCAACAACGUCCCCUACGUCGCCGGCCUCGGCGGCACGUCCGCCACCAUCGUCCAGAGCAACGGCAACACCGUCAACGGCGGCAGCAAGAACACCCCAUUCAUCAACGCCGGCGACCUGCCGUCCGGCGUCACGCUCCAGAACCUCCUCUUCGGCACCACCACCGUCAUCGACGACGAGCUCACCGAGGGCCACGAGCUCGGCGCCGCCGUCGUCGGCAGGGCGCAGGGGUUUUACGUCGCCAGCUCGCAGGACGGCACCAGCAAGACGCUCGCGCUCACGGCCAUGUUCGACGGCGGGGAGGAGCACGGCGACACGCUCAGCUUCUUCGGUGUCCACCGGAUGGCGGCGCCCGAGUCCCACGUCGCCAUCAUCGGCGGCACGGGCAAAUACGAGAACGCCAAGGGGUUCGCGGCCAUCGAGACGCUGCACUCCGGUGACGAGCACACAACCGACGGCGUCGAGACUCUCCUCCAGUUCAGCAUUCACCUCAUCUGAGCUCCUCCUUCCAUAUAGUUCAUCUUAAGAUUUUGGCCUUGCAGCUUAUGCUGCUCCUCAGCUUCAUGAAAUGUUUGUAAUUUCAAGUACUACGUGACAUUGUAUUCUACAUGUACUGUACCUUGUAUACAAUGCACUAGUUGCUUUGAUGAGUUUGAUCACAUGAUUAUAUAGUAGUAUUAUUGAGGCAACUGAAGUAUCUUUCUGAUGUCCUCUAGUAGAGGAAAUCCCCAGAACAGAUAAUAACAAAGUAAA